GGAUGCUGCGGGGAGGGAGGAGCGGCGGUGCGGCUCCUGGAUGAGACUUGCUGCCUGUGAGCCCGGGCUGAGCCGCUGCUGCUCCCCAGCGGGGUGUGUGCGGGGAGAGCCCUUCCCUAGCGUCCCUCGGUGCCCAGCCGGGGGGGCUUUCUGUGGGGGCUGGACCCAGCCCCUGGGGCAGCCCCGGGCUCUGCCGACACCAGCCCCUGAGCCGGAGCCUGCAGGCUGCAGAACAGCAUCCAGGGUUCACUCCGGAUCAUCCCCUUCUCCUGCGGGCCGGGGCAGGGAAAUGGCUGGAGCAGAGCCGGCUCAGGGACCGGUGACCUUCAAGGAAGUGGCUUUGUAUUUCACUGACCCCGGUCAGAGGGCCCUCUACAGGGACGCCAUGCAGGAGCACUAUGCAAACAGGACCUCACAGGGAUCUCCGAUUCCCAAACCCAGUGCUGUCUCCUGGCGGCAACAAGAGAAAGAGCCGUGGGUCCCAGAUCUCCAAGGCUCUGGGGAAAGGGAGAACCCAAGAGGAGACUGCCCAGUACAGGGAAUUGACUCCUGUCCAGAUCAUCCCACUCGCCUCGGGGAAAUAUUUAGGACCCGCAAAGACUCCCUGUUCCGCAAGGGGCCGGACCCCAGAGAGAGACUGAACACGUGCAAAGACUGUGGGAAGAGCUUUCGUCAGUGGUCCAACCUCCUGGCGCAUCAGAGGAGCCAUGGGGGAAAGAGACCCCACCCGUGUGCCGACUGCGGCAAAACCUUCGGUGCCUUCUCCAACCUCCUGCGGCACCAGCGCGGGCACGCCGGUGAGAAGCCCUACAAAUGCCCUGACUGCGGGAAAGGCUUCGGGCACAGCUCGGCCUUAGUCACCCACCGGCGGAUCCACACCGGAGAGAAACCCUACGCCUGCGGGGACUGCGGGAAGCACUUCAACGUGGUCUCCAACCUGGUGCGUCACCAGCGGAGCCACACAGGCGAGAAGCCCUACAAGUGUCCCGACUGCGGGCGGCGCUGCAGCCAGCGCUCCCACCUGGUCACCCACCGGCGGCUGCACACCGGCGAGCGUCCCUACGUCUGCCUGGAGUGCGGGAAGUGCUUCAAUGUCAGCUCGGACCUCAUCAAGCACCGGCGUAUCCACACCGGGGAGCGGCCCUAUGCCUGCAGUGACUGCGGGAAAUGCUUCAGCGGCAGCUCCAACCUGCUGACCCACCAGCGGCUGCACACGGGUGAGCGGCCCUACAAGUGCCCCGACUGCGGGAAAGGCUUCACCAUCAGCUCCAAGCUGAUCGCCCACCAGCGCACUCACACCGGCGAGCGGCCCUACAGCUGUGCCGACUGCGGGAAGGGCUUCAGUGACCGGCCCCACCUGGCCCGGCACCAGAGCGCCUCCCGGCGCGAAAAGCGCUACAAGUGCUCUGACUGCGGGAAGGGCUUCACCACCAGCUCCUACCUCCUCACCCACCAGCGCAGCCACACCGGGGAGACCCCCUUCAUCUGCGGAGACUGCGGGAAGAGCUUCGCCGUGGUCUCCAACCUGGUGCGGCACCGGCGCAUCCACACGGGGGAGAAGCCCUUCCGGUGCGGGGAGUGUGGGCGGCAGUACAGCCAGCGAGCCCACCUCACCACCCACCAAAGGGUGCACACUGGGGAGAGGCCCUACGUCUGUCUGGACUGCGGGAAAGGCUUCAACGUCAACUCCUCCCUCACCAAGCACCGCAGGACCCACACGGGAGAGAAACCUUACAUCUGCCCCGACUGCGGGAAACGCUUCAGCCAGAGCUCCAAUGUCAUCACCCACCGCAGGCUGCACCACGGGGGGCACGGGGCCCUUGGUGCUGCAGCUAGGGCCAGCCAGCGGGAUGAUCGUCCAGCUGGAAAGAGGGGAAGAGCCGUGGGUCCUGGAUCUCCAGGGCUCUGCAGAGAGGGAGAUGUCGAGAGGUACCUGCACAGGUGGGGAGCCAGUGAAAUGGACGUAGGGAACCAUCAGCUGAGAUUCGCUCAAAAACCUCCAGGUGAUGACACAGUGAAUGAGAACCAGGAGAGAAAUCCUCAGCAGGAUGGUCCUGAGGAAGUGGAACCACAUGGGACAUUGUCAGGAAGAACUGAAGGGCUUGUCUCCCAGGACCCCGAGCGGGGAGAAGGCUGUGGGAUUCAGCACAGGCUAAAGAGGCAGCAGGGAAAUCCUCCAUCGGAGAAAGAUGGCAAAUCUAACAAUGGUGUGAGAGGUUGCAAGGGCCUCAAGGAAACCCCAGCCCUGCCGAGAAACCCCAAGGGGGAGAGAAGACACACGUGUACAGAGUGCGGGAAGAGCUUCAGACGGAGCUCCAACUUUAUCACCCAUUGGCGGAUCCACACCGGGGAGAGGCCCUACACGUGCUUCGACUGCGGGGAAAGCUUCAACGUGAGCUCCAACCUCAUUGCGCACUGGAGACUCCACACGGGGGAGAAACCUUAUACGUGCCCCGACUGUGGGAAAAACUUCAUCGUGAGCUCGCAGCUCACUAUACACCAGAGGAUCCACACGGGAGAGCGACCCUAUCAGUGUCCUGAGUGCGGGAAAAGCUACAUCCAGAGCUCAGCCCUGGUUAAGCAUCAGAGAACCCACAUGGCAGAAAAACCCUACAAGUGCCCCAAAUGCGCAAAAAGCAUCACUGUGAGCACCGCCCUCAUUAGACACCAGAGACUGCACACAGGUGAGCGAUCCUAUACGUGUCCUGAGUGCGGAAAAAGCUUCGGUGUAAACUCGGACCUUAUCCGACACCAGAGACUGCACACAGGAGAGAGGCCUUAUAAAUGCCUGGACUGUGGGAGAAGCUACACACAAAGCUCAGCUCUGAUUAGGCAUCAGAGAAUCCAUACAGGAGAAAAGCCGUAUAGGUGCCCCAGUUGCGACAAGAGCUUCAUCCAAAGGUCAAAUCUGAUUAAACACCAGAGAAUCCACACAGGAGAAAAGCCGUAUAGAUGCAACGAAUGUGGAAAAUGUUUUAGCACCAGCUCAAAUCUCGUAAUGCAUCAGAGACUCCACACUAGACUGGGAGAUCACCUCAAGUUUGGGAAUGGGAAAUCCUGCACCACGGAAAGAGGAGUUGGCUGUUAUCUCGUGGAGAAGAAGUGGGCUGUGCUGGACCCCCAUCAGAGAUUCCUCUACAGGGAUGUCAUGGAGGAGAACUAUGAGAACGUGACCUCGUUGGCAGGUGAUGGGACGGGGAGUGAGAAUGAAGUGGGGAAUCUUCCUCAGGAGGGUCCUGAGCAAGUGCAACGGCCCAGGGUGUUAUCAGAGAACAUUUCCCACAGUCCUGAGCAAGGAGACAUCUGUGAGAGUCAGCACGGGGCAGAGAUGCAGCAGGGAACCCACCCAGGGAACAGACAGGAUAAAUCCACUCACCAGAGGGGCAGUUUGAAAGACCUUAAUAAAGACUUGAUGCAGCCUAGAAUCUGCACCAAAGAUAAACUGUAUCAGUGUACUGAGUGUGACAGAAGCUUCAAUCGCAGUUCAAACCUUCUUGUCCAUCAGAGAGUCCACACAGGAGAGAAACCCUUUAACUGUCUCAAGUGUGGGAAAAGCUUCAGUGACGGCUCAGCCCUGACUAAACAUCAGAGGAUCCACACCGGAGAGACACCCUAUGUCUGCUCUGACUGUGGAGAAAGCUUCAAUCAGAGAUCAAACUUUGCUGUACAUCAGAGAGUCCACACGGGAGAGAGACCCUAUAGCUGCCCUGACUGCGGGAAACGGUUCACUCACUUCUCAAACCUUGUUAAACGCCAGACAAUCCACGUGGGAGAAAAACCCCAUAAGUGCCCCAACUGUGGGAAACAUUUCAGGUGGAGCUCACAACUUAUUAAACAUCUUGUUUCACACCAGAGAGCCCACAAGGGAGAAGAACCCUAUCGCUGCUCUGACUGUGGGAAACGCUUCAGUUAUAGCUCACACCUUAAUAGACAUCAAAUUAUCCAUACCGGAGAAAGACCCUAUAAAUGCCCCAACUGUGGGAAAAGCUUCAAGCUUAGCUCCAUCCUUCUUGUACAUCAGAGAAUCCACACAGGAGAGAGACCCUAUCACUGCCUUGAGUGCGGGAAAAGCUUCUGUGACAGCUCAGGCCUUAUUAGACAUCGGAGAAUCCAUACCGGAGAAACACCCUUUCAAUGUUCUGUCUGUGGAAAAAGUUUCACUCGGAAAUCGCAUCUUAUUUCACAUCAGAGAACCCACGCAGGACAGACACCCUAUAAAUGUUCUGUCUGUGGGAAAAGCUACAAGAUCUCAUUUUGGUGUCCCUACGCUGGAGGGCUGGGUCGAGUUUUGCACACAAAUCCAGGAAUGUGGCCUUGUGCAUCCAGAAGUUCUACAGCCACUGCUUGUCAUCCCACACCUGAAUUAAGAUGCGAUCUCCCCAGUUGGUGCUUGUUUCUCAGGCCCAGAACUGAAGCUCCACUAUCUGCGACUGCGCCGUGAAUGCCACCAACAAACUUGAAUUGGCUGUUGCUCUGUCCCACAGCAAUCUGUUCUGCAUGGACUCCUCAUCUCCCCGACGUCUAUUUUUGUGGCUCUGCAUAUACUGCAGGAUCAUGCACCCUGGGCUUGCAACGCUCAUAACAAUAGUGCAGAGAUGUGCAGCCCAGGGCGUCCCUUGGGUC